AUGGAGGAUUCCCGUGUGCACGCUACCAACGUAGCUUCUGCAGGCGGGAGCUCUAUGCACGUGGAUUUGCCGAAAAGCAGUCGACGUUUCCGCCUCGACAUUGGCGCGAAGAGGCUCAAAUGGAACCACGGGCUUGCUCGACUGUCCUUCUUUCUCGAGCGCCCAGAUUCUCGAGGACGGCCGCUCACCUGGACCACGAUGCACCCGGCGGUGCACUGGGUCUGGAAAAGGGCCUGCGCCGCGCAAUGCUGGGACGCCCACCGUCCGGAGCCCGUUUGCCACUGCGCGAGCCUACCUCCUACUUACUACGGAGCCGGGCCGGGCUUUUCCUCCCGCCUUCAUGCCGGAGCCCGUGGCCAGAACCUUGUUGGUCAUGUUUGGCAUGCUUCAGCAGAGUUGGCGUUCCCGCCGUACGGGAAAAGGCGGAUAGGAACAUGGCCUACCUACCCAACCUUACAAUCAAUUGCAGGCAGCUAUGUGUUUUCCGCAACCACUCUGUCCCAGGGGUGCCUGCCUCUUUACCUGAUGACGCGACCUUGGGGUCGCCCGUAG